AUGACACCUGUACCGUCCUACCGCUGCCCAGAGUCCCAGGGAGUCAUCAGUGGGACAGUCUUCCUCAUCAUCCUCUUCUGCUUCAUACCAGUGCCUUUCCUCAGCUGCUUUGUAGGAGAUCAGUGCACUGGAUUCCCACAUAACGAGUUUGUGCAGCUGAUCGGAGCUCUUCUAGCCAUCUGUUGCAUGAUCUUCCUGGGCUUUGCAGAUGACGUCCUGAACCUGCAGUGGAGACACAAGCUUCUACUUCCCACCAUGGCUUCCCUGCCGCUCCUUAUGGUCUAUUUUACUAACUUCGGCAACACGGUUAUUGUAGUUCCCAAGCCCUUCAGAGCCCUGCUUGGGUUGCACUUGGACCUGGGUAUCCUCUACUACGUCUACAUGGGAAUGCUUGCUGUAUUCUGCACAAAUGCCAUCAACAUACUGGCAGGCAUCAAUGGCAUCGAGUCGGGUCAAGCCCUAUUUAUCUCUGGCUCCAUCAUAAUCUUUAACCUGGUGGAGCUCAGUGGGGAUUACCGUGAUGACCAUGUUUUCUCCCUCUACUUCAUGAUACCAUUCUUCUUCACCACAUUAGCACUUUUUUACCACAACUGGUACCCUUCAUCUGUGUUUUGUGGAGACUUCUGCUACUUUGCUGGGAUGACAUUUGCUGUAGUCGGCAUCCUCGGGCACUUCAAAACAAUGCUACUGUUCUUCAUCCCUCAAGUAGUUAACUUCUUCAUCUACUCGUUGCCUCAGCUUUUUCACAUCGUCCCCUGUCCCAGACAUCGGCUCCCCAGGUUGCAACCAGAGACGGGGAAACUGUGGAUGAGCUAUUCCAAAUUCAAAAGAAAGGACCUCUCGAAACUAGGACAGCUCAUUCUGACGGUGGCAGAGUUAUUGAAACUGCUAGAGGUGCGGAGCUCCCAGGGGGACGAUGAUUUUAUUGAAUGCAACAACAUGACUUUAAUAAAUCUGGUUCUGAAAUUACUUGGUCCUACUCAUGAGAGAAACCUCACCACCAUCAUGCUCAUCAUUCAGGUGAUGGGCAGUGCAUUGGCUUUUGGGAUCCGUUAUCAUCUGGUGCGUCUCUUCUACGAUGUCUAGCCAUCUCUCUAAGGAUGGGAGAGAAUCCUGACUGAGAAAAUUUGAAUUUUGUUCUAAAGCUACUUCACAGGCUCCUGUUUCAUCUGCCUUUUGAUAGGUUUCAUUACCUCACUGUUACUUUUCUGCCUCAGACUCAACCUGCAGUAAAGACCCAGAGCGAGGUUUAAAGCUGUGUUUUAAUUUGUGCAGCAUUUUCAGACUUAAGCAGCAGAAGUGAAUAAUAAUCUCCUGGUUUUAGUAAAAACGAACCCAACAGGAAAUUGUGACUGGGCCUUCAUCGUGCUUCCCCUGAAAGUAUAUUUUCAUACUUUUUUUCUGAGGAAGUGAUGCCUUUCGGUCAUCUGGGAAGCAAACAUCAACGGCUAAUUGCUGCUAAAUUGUUAACAUUUGAUAACAGAUUCAUGGAUGUGGAAGUGCUCCAGAAUUAUACCAAUUCAUGUAAUGAUCCACUGUUGAAUCUAAAAUGGCUUAAAGAAGAUGUCUCCACUCGCACUUCAUUUUGCAAAGUUAUCAAUACAUGUAGCUUGGGUGGGAAAGUAUCAUUCAGUUCUUGUUUUUCAACAUGCUUCCUUUUUUUACCUCUGUACAAAUGCACAAUAAAGGUGAUUGUGAAGAAAAGCAGCGGAAUAAAAAGGUCAGGUGGUUAUAAUCAGUAUGAGGACCAUCAUAAGAGUUAGUUGGGACAAAUAGAGGGGGUGUUAGCAAAGAGAAAGAGAGAUUAUUUGACCUGUGAUGGUAUAAAAGUUACUGAAGGUGUGUAGAAGAAGUUUGUCCCGCCCACAAUAAGGAGAACUGGUUGUUGAUACAUUUCUUGGAAUUAUAGGAUACAUAUCUGUAUUUUUAUGACUGAUAUGCGUUUUCCUAAAGUGUUCAGCAUAAAUCAAUGUGAAGUCAUUUGGCACUGGACUGCUUUGUUAAGCAAUGUAAUGUCAAGUCAGAAACUUCACUGCUGAGAGAUUCCAAUUGAGAAAUAAAAGCUGAGAAAUUGUUCUGUAAAAGUGUGCUAUCAUUGUGAUCUGCAGUGGUUGAAGAUGCUGAUGUAAGAU